AUGUCUUCCUCACCGAAGAAGUGGAUGGAGCGAUUUAUGAGGCUCAUAUGGGAGGGGAAUUUGACGCUACUAACGUCGUCCAAUGUCCAAUAG